AAGCUUCACCUCAACACCAACAUCAAACACAACCCAAAAAAGAUGUCCGCCACAGACGAAACCCCCUCCCAGACGGCAAAGUCGGCCGAGGACCGCAAGGCCGCCUCCGCCCUCGAGAACCUCGACGCCGACACCCCAUCUUCGGCCCAGAAUGUCGACGCCGACGCCGUAAGCAAGGCCAUGAAGACGCUCGGCGGAGCCGCAAAGUCGUCGUCCGCUGCCGCGGCAUCGCACAAGAACGUCAAGGUCGACCCCGCGGAUGUGGCACUGCUCGUCGAGGAGCUGGAGCUGCCCAAGGCCAAAGUUACGGAGCUGCUCAAGAGCAACGAGGGGGAUGCUGUCAAGGCUAUGCGAGCUUUUGUGGCGGCUUAG